AUGGCUCCCUUCAUCCCCAUCAUCAUGGCCACCAUGUCAAAGAAACCUAUUACUACUUCUGUUGUCACCCCAAAGGUUAUGAAAAAUAAGCUCCAUCUUUUUAAGAACCCUAACCCCAAACGUUCUGCAGUUUCUUUUGUCCCCAAAUGUUCUUUCCCACUUACUAAGAAAAACAAGAAAGGAUCUGAUCACAUCUGUGAUGCUCUUCGUCCUAGUUUCCCUACUCAUGAUCUUAUUAGUUCAGAUAUCUUUGUUUCUGAUAUGGAGGAGGAGGUGAAGCUAUAUGACAAAGAAGAAGUAAAAGAUUUGAUGAUGAAUAGAUGGAGUGCUAAAGAGCUGAAAGAAGGUAUUGAGUUGAAGAUCAACUUGCCUGGGUUUGGAAAGGAUGAUAUCAAGGUCACUGUAGAUGGUACCUCUCUUGUUAUCACUAGUCUUCUGGGUAAAGAAGAAGAUGAUGUUGUUGGUGUUGGUCUAGAUGUUAAUGAAGAUGAUAUGAACACUGUUAUAAUUUUCGAUCUGGAUUUUGAUGAUCUCCUGAACUUACAGGAACUGAAAGCUGAGAUGAAGAAUGGACUUCUUAAGAUCUCUAUUCCUAAGGUAAAGGUUGAGGAGAAGAAUGUCAUCCUUGUAACUAUUGAGUAG